UGUGCGAGGCCUCGGGCUGCAGAAGCGCCAUGGCGACCAACAUUGAGGAGAUUUUUCGGUCUUUUGUCGUUAAGAAGAUAAAGGAGAUAGAGGAUGAGAAACAGCGGAGUGGAAAAGUCACCAACAGGGCAAAUGGUGAAAUUAAACCAGUUGUGGAGGCAAAGAUUCCUGAAGAUGUGGCUGAUACCACUGUGGAAGUCCAGAUGGAACCCAUCAUGGAUAACACCCUGCAUACAUUACAAUGUUUUCAAAAUGAAAAUCCUGACAGUGCAAAAACGGAAGAAAUUAAAACCCCAGUUGUUGAUAACAAAGAAGAUAGUUCACCUCCAUUGAGACACAAAACCAAAAAACAUAAACAUAAACAUCAUCAUAAGCACAAAAGUAAAAAGAAGAAGAAAAAGAGGAAGAAAAAGAAAGGAAAGAGAGACCACUCUAGGGCUCGCUCAGGAUCUCGUCUGAGUCUGAAGCCACAGCCUGAGUCACGGUUGCAAUCACAAUCCCAGUCGAAGUCACCUUUAAACAAUGAAUGUAGCACUAUAAAGAGUAAAAAUAUCUCUCUUUUGACAAAAGCAAGCAGAACUGGGUCAAGUAAAAAUACAGUCGAUGAAGUAACUGAUAUAAGUACUGUAGUACCUGUGGGAGUUGAAAAGGAAUGCUCUGCAGCUGAAAAGCCAUUGGUACAGGAUCAUUGUAAAAAAAGUCUACAUGUAAAAAAGAACAGCGUUGCUGACAUAAAUUUUGGCAAGGAAACAGCUACAGUUGGAAAUGUUUCCGGAUUAUUGGCUGCAGCAUCAACUGUUGAGCAGGACCAUGAAUCCAAAUUGGGUUUUACUAAUGGUUCAGACAAUGUACAAUCAAAAUCUACUCAGACUGUUGAAGAAAAAGUUAAAACUGACAGAGUUGAGGCAAGGAGAACGAAAAGAAGUCGGUCAAGAUCUCAUUCAAAGUCAGUGAAACAUCGCAAGUCACAAUUACAUUCUCACACCCAUCAUUCUGUAAAAACAUCAUCGGGCAGUAAGCAUAUAUCCCAAAGUUCAUGUUCCAGGAAACAAUCUUCACCAGUUAAACGUCGAUCAAGGUCAACCUCCAAAGAACAGAAGAAGCACACAGAAUCAUCUCCAAAGUCUAAAAGGAAACAGUGUGAUUCUCGCUCGAGAGCAAGGAAUGAACAACGGUCAAAAUCAAAAUCUCGUUCUCCUUCAAGGUUACGCCGUAAAUCAAGGUCACACUCUGCAACAAGGCCCAAACAGAAGUCAAAAUCACGGCAUUGUUCUAGAUCAUGCUCACGGUCAAAACACAGGAGUAGGACUCACUCAGGAUCUCCUGUGAGAUCAAGAUCCAGAGUUAAACGGUCACACUCUCCAAGACCUAGAUCAAGAUCCAAUGACAGACGAUGUCAUUUAUCAGGUUCAAGACCAUACCGUAGUCGGCUUGUGAGGACACGGAGGUCACCUGAUUGGCGGAGGAGAUCCAGAUCUCCCUUAAGAAGAAAAAGCCCCAGCAGAACACCUGAACGCCUCACAGACCUAGAUAAAGCACAGUUGCUAGAGAUAGCAAAAGCCAAUGCUGCAGCCAUGUGUGCCAAAGCUGGAAUGCCUUUGCCAGCAAACCUGAAACCUGUUGUACCCCUUGUUAAAAAUGUGAUCGCCAAAAAAAUAGGUUGUACGUCAAUACAAGAACUCACAGAGAAAUGCAAGAAAAUUGUUGAAAGCAAUGAUAAUGAAUUGGGUAACGAACUUCAUGUCUCUGAAGAGGAUGAAUCAUUCAUUAAUCAACCAAUUAAAGUUAAUGAACUGAAAUCCAUUUCUUUCAGCUUAAACAAUGCAACAGUGAACCCAGCAGCAAAAACGCAGGUAGCUUUAACUAAGGAGUUUCCAGUCUCCUCUGGCACACAACACAGGAAGAAAGAGGUGCUGAAUGUUUAUGGUGAGUGGGUUCCUGUCGAAAAAGGCAGUGAAGAAACCACUGAUGAUGUCUUUGCAGAUGUCUCUACUCAGGCAGUAGAUAUCUCUGUAACAAUGACUAAGAGAGCAACAGCUCAGAGACGACUUGUAAAAAAUCCAUAUGAUGUAGAGGCUAUGUCGAUGAUCCUUCGGACACAGGAACAGAUUGAUGUGUGGGCUCAGUCAAACUCUCUGCCUGGUCAGUUUACAGGCAGUACUGGAGCUCACGUCUUGAGCUAUGAAGAACUCACAAAUAGUGGCCCUCAAGCUUGGAUCAGGAAGGAUCAGUUCCUGAAGGCUGCACCUUUAUCUGGAGGAAUGGGAGCACAUUUGAUGCAGAAAAUGGGCUGGAGGCAAGGAGAAGGGCUGGGAAAAAACAAAAAUGGGCCAGUAGAACCUAUAGUCGUUGAUUUCAAGAUUGAUCGUAAAGGUCUUGUAGCCGAAGGUGAGAAAAUGCACAAGAAACCUGCAAACUUUGCCAUAAUGAAGGAUCUGUCAGGAAAACAUCCUGUUUCUGCACUGAUGGAAAUUUGUAACAAGAGAAAAUGGCCUCCACCUGAUUUUCUGAUGGUCCAUGACAGUGGUCCUGAUCAUUGCAAACAUUUUUUGUUUAAGGUGAUGAUCAAUGGCACAGAGUACAAACCCAGCCUACCUAGUCCUAACAAGAAGCAUGCUAAGGCCUCAGCUGCCACCAUUGCACUGCAGGCUAUGGGGCUUGUUCCAAAGGAUGGUGGUACUUCAGCCUCAGAUAAUGCUACAUAAAUUAUCAUUCAAUAUCUGCCAUUAGGUUGUUCAAUUGUGUAAAUAAAAAUGUUUUGUUAACUAUUGUGCAAUUUACUCUUUUUACAAAAGUGAUUAAUUCCUCUCCAAACUCAGC